AUGAAUUUGAAGCGGAAACAAAUUAAAUUGGAGUCAGAAAAAAAAAAUAAAUAAGAAGAGUAUUCUAUUGAUGAGGAUUCUUUCAAUAGAUCUAAUGAUGAAGAAUUAAAGAGUAGUGAAAAGUUAAAAACAAGACAUGAUAAUUCUUUAUCUGUUUUAACAAAAAAAUUUGUCGAACUUAUCCAAAAUUCAAAUGAUCUUAAAAUUAAUUUAAAUAUGGCUGUUAAAGUAUUAGGUGUGUAAAAGAGAAGAAUGUAUGACAUAACAAAUGUUUUAGAAGGCAUAGGUUUUAUUGAAAAAAUCUCAAAAAAUACAAUUAAAUGGGUUGGUGCCACAGAUGAUCCACAUAUAGAAAAUGAACUCUAAUAGAUUAAAUAAGAAUUAAAAUUACUAUAAAAUGAAGAAAUAACUUAUGAUUUUUAUAUUGAGCACUUAUAAAAAAAUUUAUAUGAGAAGUUUCAAACAGAACCUGAAUUUGCUAAAUAUACAUAUCUAACAUAAGAAGACUUUAAAGAGCUUUCAAAAACUUAAUAAAUUGAACAUAAGGGUGAAGCCUUAUUUAUUAUUACUGCCCCUAAAAGCACAUUAGUAGAAACUGUAUUAGAUGAUAAUCCUGAAUAUCCUUAUUAAGUCUAUUUAAAUAGUUCAAAUGUACAAAAUUAACAUAAUGAAAUUUAAGUCUACAUUUGUUAAGAUGACAAUUAUCCAAUCUAAUAUGAUAAAAAGGAGAAAUGA